AUGGAAGGAAGCAAAGAGCGGGAAGAUAAACAAAGAAAGUCUGCAGAAUACGAAGCAGUGAUACGUGCAGGUCCACACGUGCGACCUCUCCAACAAGCUCACGCUCAUCUCAUUGUCACUGGCUGUUACCGUAGCAAAGCCCUCUUAACCAAACUCCUCACACUCUCUUGCGCCGCCGGUUCUAUUGCCUACACGCGCCGCCUCUUUCUCUCUGUCACCGGCCCCGAUUCAUUCCUCUUUAAUUCUCUCAUCAAAGCAUCUUCUCAAUAUGGCUUCUCCCUCGACACUCUCUUUUUCUACAAUCGCAUGCUCUUUUCACCCUCCAAACCUUGCUCUUACACUUUCACCUCCGUUUUCAAAGCAUGCGCUCAUCUCUCCAAUCUCCGACUCGGAACCCUUCUCCAUUCCCACGUUUUCGUUUCUGGGUAUUCCUCCAAUCCUUUUGUUCAAGCCGCAAUUAUCGCUUUUUACGCUAAAUCAAGUGCCUUAAGUAUCGCACGUAAGGUGUUCGAUAAAAUGCCGCAACGAAGUGUCGUAGCUUGGAACACCAUGAUUUCUGGUUACGACCAAAAUGGGCUUGCAAAUGAAGCAAUGACAUUGUUUCGCAAGAUGAAUGAAUUGGGGCUUCGUCCUGAUUCAGCAACUUUUGUUUCUGUGUCAUCAGCUUGUUCUCAAAUUGGGUCUCUUGAAUUGGGGUGUUGGGUUCAUGAUAGUAUCGUUAGCAACGGGAUUCGUGUCAACGUGAUUCUUGGAACCUCGUUGAUUAACAUGUUUUCACGGUGUGGUGAUGUAAGUAGAGCGCGUGCGGUUUUCGAUUCGAUGAGUGAAGGGAAUGUUAUUGCUUGGACAGCUAUGAUAUCUGGGUAUGGUAUGCAUGGUUAUGGUGUUGAAGCAAUGGAACUUUUCUAUAAAAUGAAAAAAGAGAAUGGGCUUGUUCCUAAUAGUGUUACUUUUGUUGCUGUUUUAUCUGCAUGUGCUCAUGCAGGGUUAAUACGUGAAGGGAGACAAAUUUUUGCUAGUAUGAGAGAAGAGUAUGGUAUGGUUCCUGGAUUGGAGCACCAUGUUUGUAUGGUUGAUAUGCUUGGGAAAGCUGGGUUGCUGACUGAAGCUUAUCAGUUCAUCAAGGAACUUAGUCCGGAGGAGCUUGUUCCUGCGGUGUGGACUGCAAUGCUUGGUGCUUGCAAGAUGCAUAAGAAUUUUGAUUUUGGGGUGGAAGCUGCUCAGCAUCUCAUUACUUUAGAGCCAGAGAAUCCUAGCCAUUAUGUAUUGCUUUCGAAUAUGUAUGCAUUUGCUGGAAGAAUGGAUAGAGUUGAAUCUGUUAGAAAUGUAAUGAUCCAAAGAGGUCUUAAAAAGCAAGUGGGUUAUAGUUCUAUUGACGUCAACAACAAAACUUAUCUUUUUAGCAUGGGUGAUAAGUCUCACCCUGAGAUCAAUGAGAUUUAUCGGUAUUUAGAUGGGUUGAUCUGGAGGUGCAAGGAAGCGGGUUAUGCAUCUAUUCCUGAAUUGGCAAUGCACGAGUUGGAAGAAGAAGAGAGGGAGUAUGCAUUGAGAUACCAUAGUGAGAAGCUUGCAGUUGCAUUUGGGCUGAUGAAAACUAGCCAUGGAACUACUCUCAGGAUUGUCAAGAACCUUCGGAUAUGUGAAGACUGUCAUUCAGCAGUUAAGUUCAUCUCUGUUGUGACAAAUAGAGAGAUAGUUAUUCGGGAUAAGCUUCGUUUCCAUCUUUUCAAAGAAGGCUCCUGUUCUUGUUUAGAUUAUUGGUGAUGGGAUUUUAAACAUGCGUGAAUCUGAUUAAUCAGAGAUUAUUUUGAGAACAACCUCUGAAGAGAAUGACAGUGGUUAACAUAUGAGUUCACCAUAUUUAUGUGUGCGCUAAUCCUAGCCAAAAUCAGCAUGGUAUCUCUUCUCUCUGUACAAAUAUAGCACUUAAUAUAGCUAUGAGAUUCUGAUUUGCAGCAAAUUGGUGCUGCUUCAACUAGCUAAACGGGUUUUUGUAACAUUAGCUUUAUGUCAAUCGUGCAAAGGCUACUAACUCUUUAAUAGUUGAAGAGUAUGGCUUCUUCUAUCUAUGCAUGUCGAAUGAACAGAGCUGAUCACAAGGUCAGGAACCAUAGUUGAGAACUUGACAAACAACAUUGAUGAAUAAACUUCCAAGGAGAAGCCAUCGGAGGAGGGCCAGUAAGAACAAAAGUGAAAAUGAAAAGACUCCAGCUUGGAUUUGUUUUAUUUGCAUACACAUACAGUCAGGAGUGUAGUUACUGAAUGAUGCUUCACUAAACUCUUCAACACUUCUUUAACAAGUCACAUAAAACAGAUAUGUCAUCAUCAAACAGGUGAAAAGAUACAUCAAGCAAAUUAUUCCAAUCAAUGUAUUUCUUAUUUCAUAUGUUAAA